CUUGUGCAGUUCUGGUUGGAUUUCAAACUAAAACUUGUUUUAGUCGUGAAAUAAUACAGAGAUCCUGGAAGUGGUUUGAGAAGUAGGAUAUUAUGUCGUAUUCUCACAAUAAUACAGGCGCAUGAUGCCAAGACUGCAGAUUCACUUCAAAGGGGGAAAAGGUCUCAAGUGCUCUGCCUAAGCAUGCUUCAUGUUUCCCCUUGUGGUUCAUGUUUAAUGACCUUAGCCCUUAGCAAUAAACCUGAACGUGGUGCAUUUGUGGAAAAAAUGCUUUGAAAAGGUGGAACUUCUUUAUGAUUAAAGGUCAACAAACUCGGCCGACGGUCGCCCUCUUAUCAGUAUUAUACACUGUAGAUAUGGCCACUGACCAGAAGGUGCUUCGUGUGGGCCAGCUGUUGGUGUCCUGACACGGCUUUGUUGAAAGGACACGCAGACUGCUGGAAGCCCCCGAGAGGUUUCUCACAGACUUCGUGGCGCCAGGCUUUCGCAAUCACAGGAUAUGUAAAGACUUCAAUAACGACCCAUUAAGCCCUAAUGAUUGAGAAUCGAUCAGGCGUUAACAUCCACAUGCAUAUGCUAAUGACCGCUGGGGGUCUGGCCUUAUAUACCGGGGCCUCUCCUAGGGGCUUGUCACAACACUCUCAGGACUCUCACGGAUACUCUUGGGAUCUCCAAGCAGAAGACAAACAUGGUUAAAAACUUCUCCGUGGACUGGCUCGCCCAAAGCUAUCACGACUCUACGCAGGACCCGGAACAUCUGGAUGCUACAGCUGCGCCCAGACGCCACGUUCCCUGCUCGGUGCAGCCGCGGCCUCCAACUUCUUACGACAAGGGCUAUCUGCAGCCCAAGCCCAAAUGCACCGAGCAGAAGAUCCCCACAACGCGGCUGAUGGAGAAAGAGCCCGUCCUGUUCGACCCACUAACCCCGAGAAGCUGCUCCUCUCCAAGCUCUUCAGAAAACAGUGGCUACUCUUCUGGCUACGAGAGCGAGGCUGCUUCUUCUGAAUGCCCCUCAGUCGAAGACGUGAACGAAGAGAAAGAUCUCGGCUCGCAGCGCAGGAUCAGGACCAAGUUCACCCUGGAGCAGAUCGAUAAGCUGGAGAAGAUCUUCAGCAAGCACAAAUAUCUGGACGCGGGCGAGAGGGUCAAGACCGCGCUGAAACUCGGCCUCUCCGAAACUCAGGUCCGAACCUGGUUCCAGAACCGGAGGAUGAAGCUGAAGCGCGAGGUCCAGGAAAUGAGAGGAGAUUAUCUGGUCCCAGCUCUGGCUCCCGUCUUCUUCCCCGGAGUCCCCGGCGUUCAGCACCACUGCUACAGCGGACAGCGCCAGGCUCUGGCCCCGCUCAUGAUGCCCCCACUGGCCCUCCAGAAGACCCCCUUCCCUCACCAGCACAUGAUCCCUCCACUGAGCGUCCAGCAGGCCAGCAGCCAUCACCAGUACAUGAUCCCUCAGCACAGCCACGCCAUGCAGCUUUUCUACUGAUUCAAGCCAAACUAUGAAUCCUUUAAUGUAAAGACUUAUAAUCUGUUUUUUUACGUGCAAUAUAUGUAAAUAUACAUAGGCUACUUUUUUGUAUAGAGAAAUAUAACAGAAGAUGUAAAGAAUGUUA